CCAGUGCCCAUUUCUUCCAGUGGGCUUGCUGUACCCUGACAGUGAUGAUGGGUGCCGGGGCUCUGCUACUGCUGGGUUUUGUCUGCCUGUGCAGCAGCGCGGUGACUGCUGAGGAAGAAGCGUCUGAGGCGUACGCAACGCCUGCGUUUUGUCGACACUAUGAAUGUCCCAAGUAUAAAACGGUGAAGCAGUAUGAGACUUUUGAAAAACGGUUAUAUGAACAAUCCAGAUGGGUGACAACUCAACUAGAGCUCGAUUUCUUUGGCCUUGGAAUCUAUAAAAGUUUCCGACGAUUGUUUGAUUAUAUCAAUGGACAGAACUCAGAAGGCAUAACAAUUAAGAUGGCCGUCCCUGUGCGGAUAUAUGUUCCAUUAAUAAACCCAUCGGAUAAAAAUGCCACCAUGUCUUUCUUUGUGCCGUCAACACUGUCUACUCCACCCCAACCGUUGAGGGCAGAUGUUUACCUUGAAAACAUUCCACCGAUGUAUGUUUACGUCAAGUCUUUCGGUGGCUUUGCAGUUAAAUCAGACUUUGAGAAAAAAUCCAAAUUUCUGUCGGAAGAACUGAAUGGCCUAAGGUUACCAUUUGAUGAUACAUUUGGAGCAGCUGCUGCCUAUAAUGAUCCUCUUACGUUAUUUAACAGGCACAAUGAAGUGUGGUACAAUGCUUUGUAAUUUGAAAGAUGAUUAUACAUCAUUGUUUCCCUAUUGACUAUUCAUAAUCCGAAAACAGUUAAAGGGACUCUGUAACCUAAAUAAUAUUCAGGACACUUUAUUGAAGCACAAAACGUACACAUUUAUAAGUGCACCUUUCAUAAUAUGACAUUGAGCUUCAAAUGCAAAAAAAACCAUAUAUCCCUUGAAGUACUCUACAUACCAAGUUUCACAGUAAUUAUGAAUUUAUGAAUUUGGACGUUAUUAUAUACGGUAAUAUAAAUUUCUUAGUGUUGUAUAUUUUCAGUACAUACUAAUGUAAUCACUUUCUCAUUGCUUGUUAUAUUUAGAUGGGUCUGAUGGUACCACGAAAUUGCACAACACAAACAAAUCUAUUGUAAUAAACUUUGUGGAAUUUUACUCUGGAA